CUGGAGUUCAAACUUCACUUCUCCAUUGGAUUUGCUAUUUGCUAAUAUGUUCCUUGUAAAGGCAUGGAGAGCCACAGCUUUUGGUGUUUUCGGGUACAUGAAUUUCACGAAAUCCGGUUUCAAGGAGCACUCCAAAAAAUUCAAGGCAGAAGACAUGCAAAUACAAAUGGAAGGGAAAAAUUGCAUAGUUACAGGAGCAAAUUCUGGCCUUGGCUUUGCCACUGCUGAGGGUCUUGCUUCACGAGGAGCAACCAUCUAUAUGGUAUGUCGUAGUAAGGAGAAAGGAGAAGAUGCUCUUUCUAAAAUUCAGUCAAAGACAGGCAACCCUAACAUACACCUAGAGAUAUGUGAUCUUUCAUCUGUCAGUGAAGUCAAGUCAUUGGCAUCUAGAUUUUCUUCGCAGGGUCAACCUAUCCAUGUCUUGGUUAAUAAUGCUGGCCUACUUGAGCAUAACCGUAUUACUACAUCAGAAGGGUUGGAGUUGAACUUUGCUGUAAAUGUUGCUGGAACUUAUGUUAUGACAGAAUCAAUGCUGCCUCUGUUGGAGAAAGCAGCACCUGAUGCUCGAGUCAUUACAGUUUCCUCAGGUGGCAUGUAUACGACUCCCUUGACCACAGAUUUGCAGUUUAGCGAAAACCCCUUUGAUGGAACACUACAGUAUGCUCGAAACAAGCGAGUUCAGGUGGCAUUAACAGAAAAGUGGGCUGAAACCCACAAUAACAAAGGUAUUGGAUUCUACUCAAUGCACCCUGGUUGGGCUGAGACACCAGGGGUUGCCAAAAGUUUACCUGGUUUUUCUAAAACAUUAUCAGGAAAUCUUAGAACGAGUGAGGAGGGCGCAGACACGGUUGUUUGGUUGGCAUUACAGCCCAAGGAAAAGUUGGUAUCAGGUGCAUUUUACUUUGAUAGGGCUGAAGCACCCAAACACUUGGCAUUUGCUGCGACAAAGGGCUCACAUGCUGUUAUCGACUCCAUCGUGGACAGCCUUUGUUCCAUAGGCAAGCUUCCUUGAUAAAUCUCAGUUAUGAAAGACAAACAGGCAAUAACAAAAGGAGAGGAAGUGAACUUGCUACUCUGAUGAAAUAGUCAAACAUCGUUUAUUAAUUAAAGUUCCAGUUUUGGCCUUUGGAAUCGCAUUCAUGUCUGGAUAUAGUUUCAACUUGACUGUAGCUGCAUCAGUAGAAAAUGUGUUAUGACUUGUGAGAUUUGUAGUAUCAUUUAAAUUAGGGAUUAUUAAUAUUGUAGCCAUUUUGAUGAUUCUUGC